AUGGAUGAUGUUGAUGGGAAUAAUUUUAAAUGUUUAAGCCAAGGAGGUUCAUCUUCCUAUUAACCUAUGGAUAACUUAUUUUAGAUCUAUUAGGAUAAAGUUGGCAAAAAAACAGAAUAAUAAAGAAGAUUCUUCAGUGGAUAAAAACAGGUUACAGAACCGAUUGAAUAAUUAAGUAAUAAUGACAUUUCAAAUUCUGACAGCAAUGCAAAGGAGAAAGGCAAGGAAGCUGUUUAAAUUUAACUGAUCUCGUUUUAUGAAUAAAACCUCCAAAACUUAAAGUAGAUGGUUAUAGAUAAAGAUGAAGAUAUCAAAAUAAGGGAUGAGAAGAUUCUUGAACAAUCCAUUCUCAUCAAUCUCAUAAUAACCUAGUAUAACAAGAUUCUCAAUCUAUUAUAAUAGGAGAGGGAUGAAAUAUUAGAGAAGUACAUGGGAGCUAUGGAUGAGAUACAAAAUCAAAGCCAAAAAUAUCAGCAAUAAUAAAAUUAACAACAAUAAUAACUUCAGUCUAUGUAAUAAAAAAUCUAAUAAUAAUUGCAUUAAUAAUUAACACAACAUCUAUAAAAUUUUUAAGUUCCCACAGACUACGACUCCAAAUUAAUAGAACUCCAUGAAACUAAGCAGUAGGUCAACCAUUAUAAAAAUUAGUGCAUUAAUCUAGAAGUCAAAGUAAAAGAAACAGAGGUGAAAUUAGAAGAUGCUAAUUUAAGAUUGAAUGAAGCUUAUAUCAGAAUUGACUUACUUGAAAAGGAAGCUAGAAAUGUUUCAUAGCAGAAUGUUAUGCUUGAUUAGUAAUUUAAAUCCUUGUUAUAACAAUUUGAAUAGUAUUAAUAAAUCUAGAAAAAGCAAAGUUAAUAACUCUAAUUCCGAGAAGCCACAACUAUGAUGAGUAGCGCUUACAGUAAUGCAUCAAGCAGUGAAUAAUAGAUUCUUCAGAAUCUAAGUUAGAAUGCUUCUAAACAUGAAGGAUUACAGGAGAAUGAUAAUUUAAUAAAUGCUUACAAAUAAUUUAAAAAAUAGAACAGUAUUAAAUAAUUCAAUCAAAUGUUAGUUUAAUCUUAAAUCAAAUAGUAAAACAGCAAAUAAGAUCCAUAAUAAGUAACUUAUAAUCAAGGAGGGAUUUUGAAUUUUCCAUCUGAUUUUCGUACUUAGUAAUAGAAGGAUUUAGAGUUUCAAUUAACCAAUUAGCUGAAUGAAUUGACAAUAAAAAAAUAAACUUUAGAAAGUGAAUUAAAUAAAAAGAUUAACAUAUCAAAGAGUGCAUUGGAGAGAAGAAAAAGGGAAUAGCUUGAACAAGAAUUAGAUUAAAUUUAAGAUUAAAUAAAUAAAGUUAGAUUAAAGUUAAGAGAAAAUAAAUUUAUUUGA